AUGAACCAAAUAUUUCAAUGUCAAUUAAGGCGAUUCAUACUGGUUUUGUUUGAUGAUAUACUUGUGUAUAGCAUCACAAUGGCUGAACACCUGCAGCAUAUGAGGAAGGUAUUUUCCAUUCUCUCGACAAAUUCUCUUCAUAUUAAUGCCAAGAAAUGCAGAUUUGAAGAAAGCAAACAAGAGUAUUUUGGGCAUUGGGUGUCGACAGGAGUAGAAGUCGAUAAAGAGAAGAUGUCUACCAUGACUAGUUGGCCAAUUGCUAGAAAUCUUAAGAAACUCCGUGGGUUCCUAGGGCUCACUGGAUAUUACAGAAAAUUUAUUACCAACUAUGCUUUAAUUGCAUGGCCACUAACACAAUUAUUAAGAAAAGAUGCAUUCUAUUGGUCACAAGAAGCACAAGCAGCUUUCUCUACCCUUAAACAAGCAAUGACUAUGGUUCCAGUAUAA